AUGCAUAUGACUUUAGCUUUAACGAAAAAAUGUCAUCCAUACAUACUAUCAGACAAUCGUUCAUUUUUCGUACGUGAAUAUCCUCAAUCAAAUUUACCUCAACGAAUAUCAAAUGCAUCAUAUCAAAAUGUUCUUCGUCAACUUCCUUCUCUUCGAUUAGUUAUUCUAGGAUGUGCUCGUAAUGUCGAACGAGAUCUUGAUAAAUUUCGAACUCAUAUUGAACCAAUCAUUAAUCUUUUUCAUUCAUCAUCUCGUAUUCUUAUUUUCGAAAGUGAUUCAAAAGAUAAAACUGUAAAAAAACUUCGUGAAUGGUCUCGUGUAGAACUAUAUACAUAUAGUAAAUUAAUAGAACUGUAUCCAGAACGUACUGAUCGACUUGCUUAUGGUCGAAAUAUGCUAAUGGAUAAAGCACAUCUUUUACUACCUGAUUAUAUUUUUAUUGUCGAUUUAGAUAGAUUUCUAACAUCCGUUUCUUCUUUUCUUUCAAAUUUUCAAUAUGACACAAAUCAAUGGUCGGUCAUGACAGCAACAGCACAUAAUACCUAUUAUGAUAUUUGGGCAUUACGUACGUUAUCUGAUUCAGUUAUGAAUUAUGAUGUUUGGCAUCGAGUGUCGGAACUUGAGACACCUCCGAAUAACUAUUGUCAUCAAUCAGUUUAUGAUGGAAUUAUUGGAAUUCAUAUAAAGCAUAUUCCGAUUGAACAUGGUUUAAUCGAAGUACGUUCUGCCUUUAAUGGUGCUGGAUUAUAUAAAGUAAAUUCGACAUAUAACUGCAAAUACGAUGGUGGAGGAUAUACUUGUGAACAUGUGCCAUUUCAUUUGUGUAUACGAGAAAAAAAUCAAGCAAGAAUAUUUAUCAAUCCCGAGUUUCAAGUUGGUUCAGUAUAA